UUACCGCUGGAGCUUCAGACAUAUUUACUCUCCUGGCUACUAGCCGCGGACGUAGCAUGGUCCAAGCUGGUAUGCAAGCACUGGGCUCGCAUGCUGGAUGAUCCGAGUUUCAGGCUCCUGUGGAGACAAAAUGGUCACUCGACCGUCUUGUUGCUUCACGAACGACUUGAUGAACCCACUCGCUACUUGCAAUAUUACCUUCCAGCAGCUUCGAAAGGAACCAGUCAUGAAAGAGCUGCCGGAUUGUUGGGAGUCUCGGUUUGCACCCGAAGCUUCUGUGCCAUACCUUUCUCACGGCGGCCUCGUCUUAUGCCGGUUUCGAAUCCACUGACGCAGCAAUGGGUCCAGCUCCAUCCUAUCGACAGUUUUAUCGACAAGUGCACACAGGUGCUGGCGACGUAUGUCAGUGACGGCAAGCAAUUCUUCCGGAUCGCGCUUUCCCCGUACGUGUUUGACUCGAGGCUGGGUAUUAGGACACUUGCUCGCUACCAAACGGUUUGCCUGACGUCUCUCAACACGGUGUUCAUCAGUACUAUCUCAGUUACUUCUCGCACCACUCCGCACUUGUGCUGCUCCAGAUCGAAGAUGUGGCGGAGUUUAGCGGAUCCAAAUGGAGUUUAGUGGAGUGCUGUGGAUAGCUCUUCGACAUGCUGUGGGAUAUAUGAUUCUAAAGCUGUGGUCGCGGUGCUGGACAGAGAAAAACAACCAUGGACGUGGAAAGAGGUGGCAACUUUAGAGGGCAACUUUCACAGCUGGGACUUUCGCAAGUGCUGUACGCAUGGAAGCCUUACGUUUGCGGUUCUGUCGAUGGGAGUGGCUUGAGGAGGCUUGGAACAUGUUGUGUCCGUGGAUAUUUUGGGACUCACGGGAGUAAAACGCUACCUCAAGAUACUUCACUUGCAGUUCGUACCAUCAAAAAGCGAACUCACUCGGACGGGCAGCUGUCCCAACUAGCAGUCGUAGUUAUAGAUGAGCUUCAUAUGGUUGGAGAUAAAGAGAGAGGUUAUUUGCUAGAACUAAGCUACGAUAUGCGGCCGGUAAAGGUGACUAUGAAAGCAGCAGCACGACGGCCCCACGAGCUUGCAAAUUAUAGGAAUGAGUGCAACGAUGCCUAAUGUAGCAGCCGUUGCAUCAUGGCUUCAGGCUGCAUUUUAUGAGACUAACUUUCGCCUCGCCCGGUUCCUUUAGACGAACACAUUGAAGUCAUUUACGAUACUAGUAUGAAUACUGUUCGUGCUCUAAAAGCAGGCUCUGAACUUAGCGGCAAGGAUCCAGAUCACAUCGUCCAUCCAUGCCAUGAGGUGGUUAGUAAGGCCAUUCUGUGCUUUUGUUUUGUUCAAGUCGUCAUGCCUGCGAAACCACUGCCCGACGAGAUACAGGCAAAUGGCUGGAAGAGCAAGAAGAGCAGGGAUAGACACGCAUGGCGAGAGUAUAUUAAUCUGUAAAAGUGAGGAGCUUCCCAUUCUGAAAGAAGGUUGUCAACCGUUGCGGUCAUGUCUCGCCGAGGAAAAGAAUGGAAUGAUGAGAGCUCGUUUUGGAGGUGGGCAUAGGAUGUCAACCGCUCUGCACCCUUCUCAACUCUACACAGCCUUUUGAUGACGUCGUGAAGUCUGCUCAAGAUUCUUUUCUGUGCCACAAGCGACUGAUAGAGUGGGAUCAGGAGUUACAGGUCUACAAAAAUAACUCCAUUAGGAAAAGCAGCGUUUGGCAGUUCGCUCCGCCCGGAAGAAUUCUUGGUUGUCUUUGAGGAUCUUGCUAAAGCCCGUGAUAGUUUUGUUUUAGCGUCGGAUUUGCACCUUGUUUACGAGGUUACUCCUAUUCACAUGGAGCUUGAACCGGACUGGGGAGUUUACUAUCAAAGAUUUGUCGAAUUGUCCUAUGUGGAUCAGGCAGUUGCUACAGUUGGGGUGACCGAGGCAUCCCUGAUGCGCAUGGCUCAUGGAGCACCAAUGCAGGGCUGUAAAAGGAGUAUAAAAGGUAGUGAGAGGAUCAAAACUUGCGUGUGUACAGACGCUUUUUUGUGGCUCUUAUAUUGUCCAAGCUUGUUCAGUGCCGCUAAUGGACGUCUGCAGCUGCACGAGCUAGGUGUUUAUACAAAGCGGGCUUACGAACAGUUGAAAGCCGUAGCUGAGGCUACAAUUCCUGAAUUUGCAAACGCACUGUGCGAUUCUUCAUUCAAAGGACAUGUAGAUGCUGGUAUGGAUGUAUGCUGCAACGGAGCAGGGAGAAUUGUCCUGGAUCGAGCAGAAGAGACGGCCUUUCAAGCUCUUGGAGCAACGAUUCCCCAUUCGCUGUCGCAGUCUUUAUAUGCCAGAGUUGAGAGGCCUCGAUGGCCAUAUCUCCAAAGCAGGACGAGAGCAAGGCCGACGUUCAUAGCACUGACAAGGAAAACCGAGCAGUAAUUAUGCAAGAAAAUGGUAACCAUGGCCCCAAUGCGUUUGGAGCAUUGCGGAAAAGAAGGCCAAGGACCCGAUCUUGCCGCUGUCACAUCAGAUCUGGAAACAAGGUUUUGAUCGAUUUCAGGACCAGUGAAAAAUUCUUGUUGUGAACAUCAUCUUUAAUUCAAAAAAGUGGUACUUCGAUCUAA